AUUUAUUAUCACAUUGUGAUAACAGGCGUUGUUUAUUGUUAAGGUUAGUUUUUAGUUUUGCUUAAUAAUUCUUUACAUCACAACUAAUGAUAUUAGUAAUCUAGGUUUCCUGUAAUUAGAUAAACCUUAAGCAAUAAUAGCGCUACUAUGUCAGGCCUAUCUUUUAUUAAAUCUACAAAAGGCAAAGUGAUCUUGGCGACCGUAGUGGCGCUACAUCUGGCAAUUUACGUCGCGAAACCAUCGUUUUUCAAGGGCGAAAAGGAGAAUAAGGUUUACGAAGCACCGCCGAAGUAUCUGCCUUGAGAUCUCCGUGACCUUCGGAACCCGGAAAUUAAUUUAACGCUCGAAAACCGCACUAAAUCGUACUAAUUCAUGAUUUAUAAAACGCUCGCCGUGUCUGCCGCUAGUUUAGUCCGUAAAGGUUUGGUGAACAACUUUUCAAGAAACAUGAGUUCAGGAAGAUUUCUGGUUUACGUCACAAGAUCGGAUAUGCCAGAAUGUGGUAUAGAAUUGCUGAAAAAACAAUGUGAGGUUAAAACAUGGAAGGAUGCUGCACCAGUCCCAAGAGAAGAAUUUCUUAAAGGUGUUGCAGGUGUAGAUGCGAUCUACUGCUCUCUCAAUGAGAAAAUAGACCAGGAAGUCCUGGAUGCGGCUGGGCCUCAGCUAAAAGUUAUAGGCACCAUAUCUGUUGGCCAUGACCACAUAGACUUGACAGAGUGCAGAAAAAGGGGUAUCAGAAUCGGGUACACACCUGAUGUUUUGACGGAUGCCACUGCUGAACUUACUAUGGCCUUGUUACUUGCAACAUCAAGAAGACUACCAGAAGCGCAGCAUGAUGCUAAAACUGGUGGAUGGGUGUCCUGGGCCCCGCAAUACAUGACAGGACCGGGACUUAAUGGCGCCACUGUUGGCAUGGUUGGCUUUGGGAGAAUAGGCCAGGCUGUCGCCAGGCGCGUCAAGUCUUUUAACACUGCCAAAAUAUUAUAUUUUAGCCGCAGUGAAAGAGUAGAGGCAAAAGAAGUUGGAGCUAUCAAAGUUAACUUUGAGGAACUGCUUAGAGAAAGCGACUUUGUCAUAGUCUGUGCUCCAUUAGUGCCAGAGACAAAAGAGAUGUUCAACAAAAGUGCAUUUGAGAAGAUGAAAUGCAGUGCUGUCUUUGUAAAUACUAGUCGAGGUGCAUUGGUUGAUCAAGAUGCUUUGAUUUAUGCUCUUGAAAAUAAUAUUAUUUGGGGAGCUGGUUUGGAUGUAACAACUCCGGAACCGUUGCCUCUGGAUAGUCCACUGUUCAAGCUGAAGAAUUGUGUUGUUCUACCUCACAUUGGCAGUGCAACAUUCGGUACAAGGAAUACCAUGAGUGAGCUAACUGCCUCUAAUAUACUUGCUGCUUUGAAUGGUACAAAAAUGCCUGCAGAAUUAAAGUAGUUGUUACUUUCAAGAUUAUUUAUUUUUCUAAUAUUGUACUUAAUUUUAAGGAAUGAUUGUUUUAUGUUAUUAAUAUAAAUGAUGUUAGAAUUUGUUAUAUUGAUUAUUUAUUUAUUAUUAAAUUAUGCAUUCUAAUAUUAAAAUGUGAAAGAAGUCUGUUUGUUGAUUACUUGUUCACUGCCCAUUUAAUUUGGAUGUUUGGACUAGGGAUAGCUUACAUUCUAGAGAUGCAGGGCAUAUGCUUUAUCCUGCACUUUUAUCCAGGAAAAUUAAAAUGGGAUUUGAAUACCUAACUGUAAAUCUGCAGACAAAGUUGCAGGCAUCAUCUAGUUUAUUACAUUUACAAUCAAAGUUCAAACACAUGGGUAUUGAGUAUAAUAUUAACAUUGGUCAGCUAUGUCUUAAAAUUGUGACCAAAUGAGUGAAUUUGAUAAACCAGUUUUGAUAAAAUGUGAUUAAGUAGAUAAAUUGUAAAAUAUGAUGUUGCUGUGACUUGUAAAUAAAAAUAAACGUUUCCAAUAAAU